CUGCACCUUCUCCAUAUUACUUCUAAGCCAUGUCUUGUGAUGAAAAAAAUUUCAGCAAAAAUUAUUUUGUGCUGAAGCCAGAUAACGCUAGUUUUUAUGAUCUCGGUUGCUUUCUCUUUUCCUCUGAAUCAAAAGAUUGUGAAUUCAUUGAGUGCUCAUCAGAAGACCUUAAGGGAGGUUUUUGGAGAAGAUGGUACAUCUUCAGCUCCCUUUUUGCGCAGAAACUCCUCCUUAAGGUGGAAAACCCUAUGAAAAAAUUAGGGAAAGUGUUAGAGCAAUGGCUGAAUCUUCUUUCAAGCAACGGUGGAUUACUCAGGCUCUUCACCAAUUUCUUAACAGGAAAAAGGGAAAGAAUGCCAAAUAGGUUAUCGGCAAAGUUCACAUCUGUGGUAGGAAAUCUUGAUCCAAGAGUGGAAUUAGACAAAAGUAUCAAAUAUGGUAACACAAAAUACAACGCUUUUCUCUCAAUUAUGGCCUCCAAAUUGUCGUACGAAAAUGAAGAAUUCGCUAAAAUCAUAAUCAAUGAUCAUUGGAAUAUGAAAUUCUUGUACUUCGACAACUAUUGGAAUGAUUACCUGAAGGACUAUACAACUCAAGCCAUUACGUUCCAAGAUACAAGGGUUGACCCUAACCUGAUCGUGGUUGCAUUUAGGGGCACCCACCCAUUUGACCCAAAAGCUUGGAGAGUAGAUGUGGAUCUCUCAUGGUAUGAAAUUGAAGGGGUGGGUCAGACUCAUAGUGGCUUUAUGAAAGCUCUUGGUCUUCAAAAGAGAAAAGGAUGGCCCGAACUAGGAAGUAACCAAAACAAAUAUGCUUAUUAUGAAAUCAGACAAAGGUUGAGAAAGUUAUUGCAAAAAAAUAAGAAUGCAAAAUUUAUAUUGACAGGGCACAGCUUGGGUGGGGCAUUGGCGAUUUUGUUUCUGACUGUGCUAGCAAUACAUGAAGAGGAAUGGUUGAUGGAUAAGUUGGAGGGAGUGUACACAUUUGGGCAACCAAGGGUUGGAGACAAUCAGUUGAAGGAAUAUAUGGAGAAGAAGUUGGAGCAAUAUGAUGUGAGGUAUUUUAGGUUUGUUUACUGCAAUGACAUAGUGCCUAGGGUCCCUUAUGAUGAUGAUAAUGUCUUUUUUACUCACUUUGGAACUUGCUACUACUACAAUAGCUCCUAUGAAGGAAAGGUCAUUAAAGAGGAGCCGAAUAAGAACUACUUCUCAGUGCCAUGGACCUUUGUCAAAUUGAGGCUUAACGCAAUUUGGGAGCUGAACCGGAGUUUCAUUUUCCCAUAUACGAGGGGUCCAGAGUACAAAGAAAGUUGGUUAAUGAAAACGAUGAGGAUUUUUGGAUUGGUAUUUCCCGGAUUAGUAGCACAUAUGCCCCAAGAUUAUGUUAAUGCUACCCGAUUGGGAUCUUUACCUCUAGACCUCCAAAGCACAAUGCAUCAACUAGAUUCUAAGGUUAACUGACCUACACAAAUACGAAACCGAAACUGUACAUAUUAUUCACUUUUAUCACAUUAACAUUUCCCCUUGAUAGUCAAGAGAUCAAGUACCGAAAUAAAUUUCAUGAACAAAAAAUAAUAAUAAUAAUUGCUUUUGCAUACCUUAUUCAAGUUAUUAAAGCUACAAAUUGAAAUCCAAAGUUCCAAACCCCUCUCUUCAAAUACUUCAAUCCAGAUAAACAACCAAUGUAUUUCAUGGUCACAGCUGCGAAUAUAAUCUCAAAAGGAAUAAGGUAUGCCUUCAUCAAAGGCAAUUUACUGAAGUCUGAAACCACUGCCUGCUUUCUAAAACCAGUAAAUGGCUCUUAGACUGUUAAAUCAAGUACAAGAGGAUAUGCCCAAUAUUGGUAAGAAAAUCUACCAGACUGUAAUUGUGGGAACGAUUUUAGAGAUCUCAACAUCACUGUAUCUAAAACUAAGAAACCAGACCAUUCAAAAUUAAAGCAGUUUAUUCAUAUCAAUUUUCAGAUACCACAUUAAUGGCAGGAAAGUCAUAUGUCUCAUUUCUCUAAUGGCAUGCUAAUACUUCAAAAACAAUUGAUUCCUAUAUUAAAAUAACAUAUCAUGUCCGAAACCAAACUACUGCAUCUUAGAUAGAAGACGAAAAGGUAACGAAGUACACUACAAGUUAUAUUGCCCACAAUAUUACCAAUUGGAAAAAUUUCAAAAUUUAACAAAUCAAUCAUAAUAAUGCAGAGUGCACAUAACCUAGUCACUUUCAAGCUUUGAUAAAAACUAGAGCUUAAUUAGAUGAGUGGUAUCUCCACGUGUACGACAAAAUGUCAUGGUGAAAAAAACAUUCCCAAAAAGAAAAAGAAAAAUCUAAAGAUUGAUUUACAUACAUACAUGCAUUAUUAACCAUUGAAUCCCCAAGAUUGUGUUUACUGGGGUCUCACAUCCUAUUGGGAAACUUGAUAGGGGAACCAGUGCUU